UAGAAUAGGGCUGCUUCUGCUGGGGACCGGGAGAAGGCCCCAGGCACAGGGGUCUGCAGGGAAAACUGAUAGCAGAAGCAGGAAUGAACUUCAUGGACUGUGGGUUGAGUUCUCCAAGGCUGAUAAAUUCUCUAGAAACGAGCAAGCAGAGAGGAAUGCCUGAAAGUCCCUGAGGUGCUUGGAAGGAAACAAAUGUUAAGUCAAGCAGCACCUCCUGCUACUGUGGGUGAAACAGGUGUACGCAGUUUUCACAUUAUCUUGCUUCCAAAUCACGGGUCACUCCUGAGUUGGUUUUAGGGGAUCAGGAGCCAAAUGCCCCUGCUACCUCUUCUGAGCCCCUGCUGCCACUCGACACCAUCUAGAAGGGAGGGCAUGACCUGCUGGCUGAAUCAGCCCCACGCUGCCCCUGCAGACACCGUGGCACCGACAAGGAGCAGGGCACCACUGGCUCCUAAUCAUGUGCAGGAGGUUCGCCUACACCGGGUGGAGUCCAUCAGCGAGCUACACAGUGGAGCAGGUUCACUGUGGCCCUACCUGGCCGAGGAGGCGCAGCCAUGGGAUGAGCUGUUGGGCAUCCUGCGUCCACCGAUGUGCGCCCAGACCGGCUGCAGCCCCGUGCACAGCCGCGGCAGCUUCCUGCUGCUGCUUGCGCUGCUGGUGCUCACCUGCCUGGCGUUGGCUGUCCUGGCCGUCUACCUGAGUGUGCUGCAGAGCGAAUCCCUACGCGUUCUGGCACACACACUGCAAACGCAGGAGGAAAUGCUGCUCAAACUCCGGCUCGCCAGCCUCAGCCAGCUGCGGAGGCUCAACUCGAGUGAGGCCCGAGCACCCAGUUGAGAUACCACUUGGACCUGGGGCCUGGGGGUAUGUGUAGGGGGGAAUAAAGUGGCCGCUGGUAGCUUUCCCCUCUCCCACUACUGCUCCACACUACUUCCUUAGUGAGGUUUUCGUAUAAGAGCCUGAUCUGACCCCGCAGCUGUCUGCGUUUCUUGCCUUCUCAAGCUAGGCCUAGCCAAGCCUUCUGGUGCCAGAGCCCCACUUGGUGUGGCCCAAGGUCAGAGGAAGCGACACCAGCCUCCUGGCUCCUCUUGGGGCCUGUCAGCACCCUCUGGUCUCCUCCUGAUAGCAGGUUCAGGAGUCUAAAAAUAGCUGCCUACCCUGGUCACCCAAACUCUGCUGGGCCUCCCAGUGGGGGUCCAGCCUCUGCUCUCCAAAGACAGGCUGGGCUCUGAGUAGGGGGAGGAGGGCCCCUGGGGAGAGAUUAUUUUGGAGAGCAAAGGUGAGAUGGAGAUAGGAGGCCCAGCUGGGCCCAAGCCUGGGUUGGUGGAUAGGGAGGGCAGGCAGAAACACCCAGAAGCCAGGGCCACAGAAGACUGCACAUUGUUUAAUUAUCUCUAAAAU